AUGGGUAAAUCGACAACUGAUUCACAAGUGAGAAAAUCUUCUCGUAAACCGGUGCCAAAAGUGUUUCGUGAUGAAUACGUUCCACCAAGUGUGCCGCGGAAGAAAAAUAAAAAAGCUAAAGUGGUUGAAGCUGUGAUCAAAGAGGAAGAAAAGGAUGUUCCAAAUUUAUUUGUUCCUGAAGUUCCUCAGCCAAGCACAAGUGCACCACAAGUAAAAGUGAGUUGUUGAAAAUUUUUUAGAUUUUAUCUUUAUUCAUACGAUUUCAGGCUUCUCAGAAAACGGCAAUGCUCAAAAAGAUUGUCAAAAUCGAAGAGGGAUCCAAGGAAUUGGCUGAUGUCUUUCCUCAGGUUUCAGCGAAGCCACAAAAGUACACACCAAGUGUUGCUGUACAAAAAUUGCGAGCCAUGAAAUCGGCGACACCAAAUUUGCAACCUACGAAUGCGAUGAUUAAGAAAAUCAUGAGCGAUGUAGAAGCUAAAGAAGGCGGUGCACCAAGAUUCAAGGCAGUGAAACCUGACACUGAAACUGAUGUCGAGGAGUUUAUUGCUCCAAAAAUCGAACCGUGUAUAAUUGUAAAAAAUGAAGAGCCAGAGCAAGAGCAAGAGUAUGAGGUUAGUUUUUUCUCAAUUUUCCUUCUCGAAACAUUUUUAUAGUAAAUCUUUCCAGGAAACUGAUAUGAUUCGCCGUGUUCCAUCCAAAAUUGCUAUUCACACUGGCUUGCGAAACACAUUCGGCACAAAUGAUCCACUUUUGAGUCGUGGGAGUCAAGCACAACGUAAUCCUGUUUUGCGAAAAGUUGUUAUCAAACCCCUUUUCAAUUCUCGCCCUCCAAUUAGUGAGUUUUCCCAAUUAACCAAGUGAAAAUCGAUCAAUAUUUCCUUUUCAGAUUUGAAAAUGGUUCGUCCUGAAGACAUUGUUGGCAAGAUCAAUGAGCAGCAAGGUAAACCAGUAGCUUCAGCUUCGGAUGCUGGAAUCGGAAGAUUGACGUAUCAGAAGAUUGCAAAUUACGGGAAAGCGAGCAAUGCUCCGAUCGCUAAACCAAAUGUUUUCCGUCCUCCAAUAGGACCAUCUCAACAAAAAACUUUGCCACUUUAUCCAACAAAAUUAGUGGUCCGCCCUAAAUUUGUGUAUGAUCUCAAUGUCAAAACUGUUGUGCCAAGAUUGCCCAACUUAUCAUUUGAACCACCAGAAAAACGUAUCAAAUUGGAGCCGGGAGAAAUUCCAUAUCCACUCAAGCCUGAUAAAGAUGAACCUGUCACAUUUCAAAGUGUUUUCGGGAAGAAAUAUGCUGGAGGUAAGCUUUACACAAUUCUUUGGUUGUCAUUUAUAAAUUCAAAAUUUCAGUUCCUAUGAAAGGAGAUGUGACUAAAAUUUAUGAAAAUGAAAAAUUGUCAGUUUCCAAUCCUGUUCUUUUUGCUCGUCUUGCUCAAAUCGUUGUAAGUCUCCAUAUUUUUAAAUAUAUUUCAUCGAUUAUUUUUCUUCAGAAUUUCAAGAAGCCACCAGCGAAACCAAAGCCAGAAGUCAAGUAUGGUGAUGAAUUUCCAGAAAUUCUUCGUCCGAUUUCAGACAAUCCAACAGCUUUCGCAAGAAGAGCUAUGCAAUUCGUUCCCUACGAUUCAGUGAGUGUUUGUUUGAUUUUUUUUCUUCAAAAUUAUUGAUUUUUUUGCAGAAUACUGAUGAUGCUCGUCCAAGUGGUCCUGUUGCUGUUGACAAAUCGAGCAUGAUCAAUUUUGAGCCCAGUUUGACCGAUGCGUUGAAUAAUUCAAGUGAGUUUACAAGAAAACAUUUAUAUCAAGAAAAUAUUCAAAUUUUCUAGAUCGCAAAACUGUUCGCGUCACUUUCAAUGGAAUCACCCAAGAAGUUCCGGACGAAAUCAAUUGCCAUCUUUGUGGAAUGGCAAUGCGUCUUUGUAUGCGAAAAUCAAAGUAUCGUGGAGAAAUCCGAGAAUAUCCCGCAUACCGAUGUCUUCGCAAAGGAUGCCAAACCUUCCGGGCAAUUCGUAAAAUCUUGGAACCCGAUUAUGCCAUUAAAAGACAUCUUCCACCAACAAUCAACAGAGCCAACGAUCGAUCCUAUGACCCUGAUUAUAUUUUGAACUCUCUUAUGGAAAUGCCCGAAUCACGAAAGAAGAUUUAUUCACAAGAGGUGAUUGAUGAUGUUGAGGAGAAGCUCAAGGAAGAAGCAAAGCCCGAAAGUUUGCUUGAUGAUGAACUGGAGCCAGAGCAAGAAGAGGAAGAUGUGGAGUGGAGUGAGCUUCCGAAAACCGACGCGAAUUCGGAUGCAAACGAUGGAGAUGUUAUUGAGGACAAUGAGGAGGAGACCGAGGAUUUUGCUUCUGAGGUAGUUUUUUUAUAAUCAAAAAAGUUAUCUUUUCAAAUUCAAAAGUUUUUUUUUUCAGCACGACAGUUACGAGUCACACAACCCGAUGAACGAUGUCGAGAUCGACGACGACGAUGUUUUUGAGGUUGAGGAAACCACUGUUGAUUAA